AUGGUCGGUCUAUGACUACCACUCAACCUCUUCAACCACGUGAACAACCUGCUAGGAGCCUGCGAAGACUUCACUCACUUCACAUACUGCAGCUCGAAAAGACGACCAGUCGGCCACUGUCUUCGUUAAAGUCUUCUCUGUUCACCUCGUCGUUCACAUGGCUGCUGAACUCUCCACCACCAAACUGAACCCAGACAGCCAUGUCCUACUGGACCAACCUCUCCUGCGGCUACCUCACGAACUCGUCAAACGCAAUUUCAGAAACACUCAGCGCUAUGUAGAACGUGAACGAGACCACAUCUUACCCACCCUCAAGGACACCGCCAAUGCAGCGCUCAGUUCCUCCCAAACCCCGGAUCAAACCCUCGCCUCCCUAGACGCCAUGAUUCAACGGAUGCAAAAUUUCAAGCGGAAAUUGGAAAAGCUACAUACGGAGGAGGAAGCCCUUCAUGAGCACACAGCCAAACGCAUCAAACAUCUACAAGACCUAUACCAGGUUCCAUCCCUGGCCGAUGUACAGUAUGACCAAUGGUCAAGGAAAAGACUCGAUCGGCUGAUAGUGGACUACCUCCUUCGAUCGGGUUAUUCUGGGACGGCGUCAACACUGGCCGAAUCGAAACAAAUCACGCAUCUAAUAGACCUCGACACCUUCAUAUCAUGUCACAAAAUUGCUUCGUCCCUGACUAGAGGCGAGACCAAAGAAGCGUUAGUAUGGAUCAACGAGAACAAGAACUCUCUGAAGAAACUCAUAACUGCUCCAUACAAGUCGACCAAUCUCGAAUUCGAACUACGCCUCCAACAAUUCAUCGAGCUGCUUCGGGCCGGGACUCCAGCAAAACGACUCGAGGCGACUAUACAUGCGCAACAGCACCUCGCCCCGCACGCUUCUUCACGAUCAGAAGCAAUUAUGCAGGCAGCAGGACUGUUGGCCCAGACAACAAACACCGAGGCCGAACCAUAUCGCAGCUUGUUCGCCCCUUCACGAUGGCACCAUAUAGCGAACUUGUUCAUCGAAACCCACCACACAUUACUGUCCCUUCCAGUCCAGCCCCUCAUGCACGUCGCUCUAUCCGCAGGACUUUCCGCUCUGAAGACUCCCGCUUGUCACAGUGCUUACAAUCCAGCCAGCUCUUCAACACCUGGCCAUGCUCGCAUUGCGACGAAUACCUCCUUGUGCCCGAUUUGCAGCAUGGAGCUGAAUGACCUUGCUCGCAACGUGCCAUAUGCUCAUCACACAACGAGCUCUGUGGAAUCGGACCCUGUAGUCUUGCCAAAUGGACGAAUAUAUGGCCGUGAGCGGUUGGAAGAGCUACAACGCAAACUCGCCAUGGCUGGACUAGGCGGCGGAGAAGGAGGGGUUCAAGAGCUGCAGAUUGGUAAGGAAGGUGAAGUCAGAGACCCUACCACUGGUGAGAGUUUCAAAUGGGAUCAAGUGAGGAAGGUGUAUAUUAUGUGAGCCAUCCGAGACACCGGGAAGGCGAACGGCACAAUGCUUUGGACAUCAAGCCAGCCACAGCCAAAUGAAUGACGAUUAAUGAAGGACCAAGACAUGAAAUGGAGAAGUAGCAAUACUCGCCUCAGCUUUGAUCUUCCUGCACCUGAACCAUUACCGCCUCAAUGAAAACAGAAUGCACUACCUCAAAAUAUGCUAAUGCCCCGGUCCCACACCCACAUAUGGG